GAGGCGGGAGGCGGGGGCAGGAGGGUGGCGGCGGCGCCAGCCGGAGCAGCAGCAGCUGGCACUCCCUGUCGCUCCACCUGGUGGGAGCACCCAGGCCUGUGCACGGAAGGACGGACUGGUCUCGGACAGGAUGGUGUCGGCGGCAGUGCCCAGGCUGGUGGUGUCUCUGUUGCUGUUCCUCAGGGCGCUGCCUGUGGUGGCCUACUCCGCACCCCUGAAGGCCGCCUAUCUGGAGGACACAGGGGGCAGCGGGGAGGCCGAGGGCUCAUCGGCCUCGUCCCCGAGCCUCCCACCGCCCCGGACGCCGGCCCUCAGCCCCACAUCGCUGGGGCCCCCGCCCACGCCCCUGGCAGGCCCCAAGCCCCCCACCAACUUCCUGGAUGGCAUCGUGGACUUCUUCCGCCAGUAUGUGAUGCUCAUCGCCGUGGUGGGCUCCCUGGUGUUCCUGCUCAUGUUCAUUGUUUGCGCGGCGCUCAUCACCCGCCAGAAGCACAAGGCCUCGGCCUACUAUCCCUCGUCUUUCCCCAAGAAGAAGUACGUGGACCAGAGUGACCGGGCCGGCGGCCCGCGGGCCUUCAGCGAGGUCCCCGACCGGGCUCCCGACGGCCGGCCCGAGGAGGCCCUGGAUUCGUCCCAGCAGCUCCAGGCUGACAUCCUCGCUGCCACCCAGAACCUCAAGUCCCCCGCCAGAGUGGCGCUGGGGGGCGGAGACGGAGCCAGGAUGGAGAGCAAGUCCGAGGGAGAGGAGAGCAGAGGCCGGGAGGCGGACCAGGAGGCCCAGGGACGUGGGAGCCCGGUAGCAGAGGAGAAGCCGAAACCAGAGGGGCAGGAGGAGCCGAGCCCCGUGGUAGAGGAGGGGGCGUGGGAGGCUGGCCAAGGCCAAGGCCAAGGUGAGCCCGGAGAGGCUCCUUUGUUAGCCCAGGAUGCCAGGGGAGCUGCUGAUCCCCCUGAGAGCCCCUGUGCUUGCAGUGUUGCCCCCAAGGUCUAACAGUCCUCUGGGGCUGCCGGCCCUGACUAUUGGACCCCUUGUGGUCACCUCUGUGGGUGUGGAAAGGCCCUUGUCCCUUACAGCUCCCUGACACCCCCUCCUUGGCCACCCCUGACUGCAGGCAGAGAUGCUAGUCUCUGGUGUACCCCAAGAAUCUCCCCGGGCUCCAGGACUAUUUGCCCCUGUGGCCCCAAAGGGCUGCAUCCCAAACAGCGCCUCUGGGGAGGGGGAAUGGGAAGGAUCCCCAUUAUAUCUGUGACGUUACAUCCCACAAAAUUGGCCCCAUCACUCAGGCAAACAUAGGCCACAAGUCCCCUGUGACGGUGCCAACAUUGUCGCUUUUCCAUGGAGGUAGGGAAGACACGUCAGAGUAACUAGGAGUUUGGGACAAGGGUGAAUGGGACCUGCUGAGGCCCCUAGGGUGGGAGCAGUGAUAGCGACUGCAUUAACGGGCCCGGGGAGGCAGGAAGUUUCCAAGGGGCCUGUGCACACAUCACUAUGGGUCCCUAAGUGAGCCUAUUCAGGGCUGGGUUCCCCGAGCUACUCAGUGGAAAAAGGAUUUGGGGGGCCAAAAGGAUUUGAGGAGACACUGCCUCUCUGCUCCCUGUACCCCCUCUUAGAGCACCCCAGGGCUCUGCAAAUACUUCAGUAAACGCCCCUGUGGAAUCUGGUUUUUACCAUAGAGCACUUUUUUUUUUUUUUUUUUUUUUUUUUUUUUUACAGCUACAGAGUAAAGUCUUGCAGAGCACACUCUGGAAAUUACUGCCCCAAAUGUUCCUGAAGGUGCCCCCCAGUUUGCGGUCACUCUGGGGUUAGGGGCGUGGGUACGGGGGCUCAGGCCUGCCCAAGCUCUGCCAAGCAUCUCUGUCUGGGGACGAAUUUCUCAUCCCGUUACUGCUACGGGCAUGGGAUGAAUGAAUUGAACCUUUCUUGUCAGGCCUCCAAAGCUGCCCAGAAGCUAGGGGGCUGUGUGUGAGGGGGCCCCACUCUAGGGGCAGUGUGAGAGGGUAGGGGAGGGUUUCUAACGCCCAGCUUGGAGCAGGGGAGCCCUGGCCCCCGACCCUUUGCUCACGUGUGUUGUCUGGCAGCCUUUGCUCACAGCAUUUUUAAGCCUUUGACAAGGGAGCCUGAGCUCCGUCCUAAUUUGGGGGAGGUUCUGGGGGUGUUCCUCUUCCUCAUCCCUCCAUCUGGCAACCACCCCCCCAACCUCUGCACAACUUUUUAGGUGCUGAGAUGUAGCAAACCAGCACAAUAAACCUUUAUUCUGGCCUGA